CUUCCGCUUGGUCUAUGUGGACUGAUGAAAUGUAGGAAAUCUGUUUCUGGCAGGGGGAAAAAUCGUUUUCCCAAACAGCACCAAGAGGAGCCUUCAGUGAAGUAUGAAGAGGGGCAGUGCGACUGUAGGAGCUGCCGCUGCCGCUGUGCUGGUGGGGUGCGGGGAGCCGCUGCUGCAAGACCUGCGCCUGGAAGGGGCCGGCCCCGAGAAUCUGCAGGAGCCCAGGCGGGAGCCCUGGCGCCUCUGAGAGCAGCGGGCAACACAGCUCGGGACCUGGGGGUAUUACCAGUGGAUAAAUAAUGUGCACUGCUCUGAGCCCAAAGGUGCGCAGUGGACCUGGUCUCUCUGAUAUGCAUCAGUAUAGCCAAUGGCUGGCCAGCAGACAUGAAGCUAAUUUGCUACCGAUGAAAGAAGAUCUGGCCUUGUGGUUAACCAAUCUAUUAGGGAAGGAGAUUACAGCAGAAACUUUUAUGGAAAAGUUGGAUAAUGGUGCCUUGCUCUGUCAACUUGCAGCAACUGUUCAGGAGAAAUUCAAAGAGAGCAUGGAUGCUAACAAGCCCUCAAAGAGUCUGCCAUUGAAGAAGAUUCCAUGCAAAGCCAGUGCACCCUCAGGCUCCUUUUUUGCCCGAGAUAAUACAGCAAAUUUCUUAUCCUGGUGCCGAGAUUUAGGGGUGGAUGAAACAUGUCUAUUUGAAUCUGAAGGUCUGGUCCUGCACAAGCAACCCAGAGAAGUGUGUCUCUGUUUGCUAGAGCUUGGCCGGAUUGCAGCCAGGUAUGGUGUGGAACCUCCUGGUUUGAUAAAAUUGGAGAAAGAAAUUGAACAAGAAGAAACACUUUCUGCCCCUUCUCCUUCACCUUCUCCUUCAUCAAAAUCUUCUGGGAAAAAGAGUACAGGAAAUUUACUGGAUGAUGCAGUGAAACGAAUUUCAGAAGAUCCUCCUUGCAAAUGCCCAAACAAGUUCUGUGUGGAGCGGCUUUCUCAAGGAAGAUACCGAGUAGGAGAAAAGAUUCUUUUCAUUAGGGGUCUUCAUGGUUGUGCCUAUGUCUCCACAGCCAAAGCAAAGCAGACAUUUAAGAUGCUGCACAACAAACAUGUCAUGGUUCGUGUGGGAGGAGGAUGGGAGACUUUUGCAGGGUAUUUGUUGAAACAUGACCCUUGCCGAAUGCUGCAGAUCUCCCGUGUGGAUGGCAAGACAUCCCCCAUCCAGAGCAAAUCUCCAACCCUUAAGGACAUGAAUCCUGAUAAUUACUUGGUGGUCUCUGCCAACUAUAAGGCUAAGAAGGAGAUUAAAUGAAACUAAUUGGUUACGACAAGGGGACUCUCAGAAUGGCCUAUAUCCACUUUUCCAGUGUAGUCAGUUUAGUUCACAUGCUCUGAAAACUACUUUGGAAAAAGGUGUAACAGAAAGAAAAAAAAAAAAUGUCAUCAUACUGCAAAAUGUUCAAAGAGUAGCACUAUUUAUUUUCAAUGCUUCUGUAGAAAAUGACCUAUUCAAAUAAAUUCUAAACUCAGAUUUCAAUUAGAUGAA